GCGGUCAGGGAGGAACCGGAAAUAGCCGAGUAGUGGCGGAAAGAGCCGAGUGCCGGGUUACGGCUUCCCCCUCCCGACCCCCGGGGGAUGAAGGAGCCGCUACCGCCGCCGCCGGGUCCAAAAGUCGCCUUUAGACCGGACAGCGCUGCCUGAAAACACCGUCCUGUGCAAAAAGCGGCUGCCGCGUUGUAAAGAUCCCUUUCCUUCUCCCGGACGCUGCAAGGAGGGAGCAUUAACAGAGGGUGAAAUAUUGCCUCGGGCACUGGGAAUAUCUCACUUGUUCUUCUUCAAGAUAGUGCCGUGGUAUCGUUUGCAUCCACUCAAGCAGACGCAUGGGGCAUUGGUUUAAAAUCUCAUCGAAAAGAUGGCACCUUCAAAAGUGCAGCGCUCCCUCAGUUCUGCAGCUUUGUUUUUGUUUUGUGUGAUCGGGCUUGGCGUUGAGAUUGAUCCUGGAGCUUUCAAACUCAGGACUUCAACCCAUACCAAUUGGGCUACAGCAGAUCUAGUUUCACUGAAACAAACUGACCUGGUCAUAAUCACUAACAUUGACGCAUAUCAACGGGGCUGAGAAGGAAUCUGCAGGAUACGAUGCAAUGCAAUUAGCAGAUCGGGCUCAGAAAAGACUUAGUGAAUGUUAAUGAUCAGAUUGCUGAAAUAUCUCUGGACCGCUUGGGCUUUGGAGAAGACGCCCCCGCAUGGAGCCUGGGAUGUUUCAGGUGGAGUUCCCGAACUUUGGCAACAACUUGCUGAGGAAGCUGAACCAGCAGCGGAUAGAGGGCAAGCUGUGCGACAUCACCAUCCACCUGCAGGGCCAGAUGUUUAAGGCCCACCGGGCAGUUCUGGCUGCUUCCUCGCCCUACUUCCACGACCAAGUGCUCCUGAAGAACGCCAGCCGCAUCGUACUGCCCAGUGUGAUGAGCCCCAAGGCCUUCGAGAACGUGCUGGCCUCAUCCUACACGGGCAAGCUGACCAUCCUGUCGCCCGACAUCGUCAGCUACCUGACAGUGGCUAGCUUCCUGCAGAUGUGGCACGUGGUGGACAAGUGCACCGAGCUGCUGCGGGAGUGUCAGCCCCCGGCCCCGGCCCCCAGCCAGAACCAGUCACCCAGCAGCAGCAACUACCUCAGUCCCUGGCACGGGCCCGAGCUGCCCACCAAGUUCGAGAGGCCUGAGGAUGACGGCAUCAAGGUGGAGGGCCAUCACCACCACCACCAGGAGCAGCAGCAUCAGGAGGAGGAGGAAGAGGAGGAGGAGGAAGGGGCGGCGGGUGGAGGGGAUGAUGAGGAGGAGGACGAGGACGAGGAGGACGACGGGCAGAAGGGCCCAGCCUCGCCACACCAAGAGACCGAGCAGGACAAUGUCAUCAGCAACUCGGCCGAUCGGGAGAGGUUCGGGGCAGAGGGCCGGGAGAGCGAGGCCGGGGCAUUGAGCGAUGGCGCCGACUGCCCUUACCCGCUGCAGGCCUACAGCCAGCCCAGCAUAGUGCCGCACAAGCGCUGGGUCCUAGUGAAGAGCGACAAGGUGGAGGGCGGGCGGUCACCGGGUGGUGGGGGGGAGGAGGACGAGGAACGGCACUUUGUGCUGGUGCCACCCAUGGGCAAGAGGGAGCCGGAGGACCCUGGGCACGAGAUGCCCGCCCACUUCGGUGAGCACCUCGCACCCGAGGAGUACGACGAGUUCGCUGAGGACCCCAGCUACGACGAGCCCGUCGACUACUACGGAUCCUCGGACGACUUCCACUUCGAGCGGCCAGCAGGGGGCAGCCCCGGGAGCGCGGUCAUGCAGGGUUCCGGGCUGCCCGGCGAGAUCCAGGAGAAUGGUGCCUACGGGGUACUGGGCGAGCCAGGCCCCAGUUCCGGGCAGGUGGGAGCAGCAGCUGGCUCCGACUUCCCCGGCGGCGCCGUCUACAAGCUCUACCCCUGCCAGUGCGGCAAGAGCUUCGCCCACAAGAGCCAGCGGGACCGGCACAUGAGCAUGCACCUCAAUGUCAGGCCCUUCGGCUGCCCCAUCUGCAACAAGAAGUUCAAGAUGAAGCACCACCUGAUGGGUCACAUGAAGAUCCACACCGGGCACAAGCCAUACGAGUGCCACUACUGUGGCAAGAAGUUCAUGUGGCGAGACAGCUUCACGCGCCACCGCAACGCCUGUGCCAAGCUGUACCACGCCGCCACUUCUGUCCCCAUCCCCCUCCCUGACAUCGACGUGCCCUCUGACCUCAGCGUGCCCUCUGACGUCUGACCCAGCUCCUCUGACCACCCGCACCCCCCCCCAACCCGUUCACCCCCCACCCACUCUCCGCCCUCCCUCCAGCCGCCGCUCCUCCAACCGAUUGGCAGAGACUCAGGACGGGUGUGUGGGAGGGGAGGGGAGGGGGGGAGGCUGCAAGCAGACGUGUGGGAAUGAAUGAACCAAAGUCGUCGUUGGGUGGGGGGGCGGAAAGGACUGACGAACACAAUCCCAAACCUGCCGAGGACGUGACCAGCUGGACAUUUCAAACAAGACUGACCUACAGCUGAGCCAAGCCAGCUUUAAACCCACCUACCUUUGAAUCAGGGCAUGCUGACGAUUUUUACAAGAAAGAAAUAUUUAAGUGUAUAUAUAUAAAACAAAUUAUAUAUAUAUAUAUAUUUAGGUAUAUGUAUAUGUGUGUGUGUAAAUUGUGGUGCUGCACACGGAAGUAUUUUUUAUGGCCACCUCUGCUUUAUAAUAUUUAUGGAAUUUAAAACUGGUCAGGGUUGGAGAUGCUCCUUGGCACUGCUUAGAUUCUGGUAGAAAGGGGAACCUCAGAAUCCUGUGUGUUGGCCAUGUCCUGCAUGCUGUAAGGUUGUGGAAGCAAAUCACCUCCGGAGAACCUGAGCCAGAAUAUUGAGGCUGGUACUGCCAGUGUCAAUAUGGAGACAUUAAACCGAGGCAUGGUGCUCUCUGUCAAGUUGGAGGCACGUGAUCCUUACAUUUGGUCUUUCAAAGUAAGAGCCAUUUGGUUGGGAGGGGGUGCAUCAAGGUAAGCAUGGGGACAGGGGCAGGAUUCUGUCUUCAGCAUUCUCACUGAAACAGAUGAUCGCCUUGCUAUUGGUUGGAGCUUGCUUUGUGCAAAUUGACUGCUUCACUUCCCUCCAUCACAACAGUGUCUUCACUUCAAAAAGUACUUCAGCAGCUGUAAUGGACCUUUAUGAAGCCUGUGUUUCGGCUUUCCUUUCAGAAAUGUCAGCAUUUUUUUUUCCCGCUUUUAAUUUUGUCAUGUCCUUUACUAUUUUUGUCUUUUUUCUUAAAAAAGUGUGGAAUUUUAACUGCUGUCCCUGUGAAUAAAGAAAGUUUGGUGACUGA